GAUCCUCUCGUCUGCUUCUUCUUAAUCUCGGCGUGAUGGAGGGAGGGGGCGAAGAUGACAGCCUGCUAUGGCAUUAUUAAUGAGAGCGGCUUCGCUCCGAGGGCAGCCAGGGGGCUGUGCAUUCCUGUUAGUCAUAGCACUGCGGGCUCCAUAGAUCUGCUGAGAUGUUGUUGGCUACACAAGGAUGGGAGCCCUGAACUUUGAUGAGCAGAAUGUCUUUUAGCUGACGACGAAGAAAUAUGUUUUGUCCGUAUUGUUGCAUUGUUGUUGUCGAAAUCAUUCCAUCUGAAGCGUUAGUCACCGUGAAGGCCAGUGUUGGUCUGAGAACGGCUCGGAGAAUGUUGCUUGUGCAGAAAAACUCGGGCGGCCACUUUGCUAUUUCGAGCGACUGCGGUGAGAUGGGACUGAGCUUCAGACUGGCGGCGGCGUUGCUGCUGCUCCUUCAGGCGCUCCCCCCGACGCUCCUCCUGGACUCCACCGACUCCCCCGACUCCCCCGGCCGCACCAUCGACAAGGGCUGGUACCGGGCCCCCCCCAACAACGCUGAGGACCCCCCCGCGGGGGGGCAGGAGACCCCAGGGGAACAGGAGGCCCCGGGGGAGGGCCAGGGGGCCAGACUGGGGGAACAGGAGCCCACAGAGGAGGUCUCCUCUGGGGAGGCCCCUGGGGAGGUACAGGACACCCCCGCGGGGGAACAGGAGCCCACAGUGGGGGCCCCGGAGCCCACCGCAGGGGCCCCGGAGGACACCACCGCGGGGGACCAGGAGCCCACAGUGGGGGCCCCGGAGGACACCGCGGGGGAAAAGGAGCCCACAGUGGGGGAACAGGAGCCCACAGUGGGGGCCCCGGAGGACACCGCGGGGGGGCAGGAGGACACCACCGCGGGGGACCAGGAGCCCACAGUGGGGGCCCCGGAGCCAGUGGGGGACCAGGAGGACACAGUGGGGGAACAGGAGCCCACAGUGGGGGCCCCGGAGGACACCGCGGGGGGGCAGGAGGACACCACCGCGGGGGACCAGGAGCCCACAGUGGGGGACCAGGAGCCCACAGUUGGGGCCCCGGAGCCCACAGUGGGGGCCCCGGGGCCGGUCAGCGAGGGCACGUCGUCUACGGUGUUCGCUGCGUACGGACCGCCGACCGGCUCCGGGGCCAGCGGAGAGGAGGAGGAGGAGGAGGGCCCCAGCGCCCUCCCCCCCGCCGGGCCCCCGCUGCCCAACAACACGUCAGAGGCCAACGAGUCCAGCACCCCCGCUGCCCCCCGCGCCGAGACCACCCCCCCGUCCGGCCCGGGCCCCGCCCUGAACGGCUCCGGCUCAGAGGACACGCCUCUGAGCGACCCGACGCCGGCGUCCAACUCCAGCGACGGGGCCGCCCCGAACGCGACCGCCGCCCCGACGGUUAGCGCCUCCGAGGGGACCACCCUGGCUCCGGAGCCCCCCGUGAGCCCCGAGGCACCCGGAGGGACCGCCCCAGGGCCCGGGCCCCGCAGCACAGAGGGGCCCCCGACCGGCGGCCCCCCCGCCUCCGAGAGCGCAGCGACGGAGGAGACGACAGCGGGCCCCGCCGCCCCUCGAACCCCCGGCACCGCCACCGCCGGGCCCCCCCCCCCGGAGGCCACGCUGAACGCAACGGCUCCGGUCACCAUGACAACAACCCUGGCUCCCGGGACAACAGAGAAGAGCAACGCCACCGACCGGGACGCGGCGUCGGAGGAGAGCAACACAGACCGAGGGUUGGUCUCCAGUUCCAAGGGAAACAAACAGAACGGGGCCUGGGCCGCAAUCUUGGGGACAGCAGUGGCUGUGUGCGUGCUCGCGUUGGUCGUCUUUGUCAUUCUGAAGAAGAAGAACCAGAAGGCGUUCUCCCACAGAAAGCUGGUGGAGUUCUCCUCAGACCCAGUUCUUACCCUAGACAACAGUGAGUCUCUGGAGUCGACUAACUACGGCCGGGGGGGCUACUACAACCCGGCGCUGCAGAUGACCACCAUGCCACCACGAUACAACGCACCCAUCCCAGACGGCUACGUGGACUGAAGUCAGCGUCUUGUAGAUCAGAAGAACUGUGUUCAUAGAGGUGGAAGAUACAAAGGAAGGGUUGUGAAUACAUAACAUGAAGAUGACUCGAUAACAUAUGAUCAAAACCAAUAUUUUUUAUUUGUACCUGUCCAGCUUUAAUGCAGUUGUAUCCAACAUUGUGCUUAGAGAGAGCGUAAGGCGUAAGAUUAUAAGGCACAGCUUUUAUAUUUUGUUGCCAAAUAAAAUGUAUGUUUUUUGAAGGAUUAGAAAUAGCUUAAAUGUGGUAGGGGUUCAUCAGUAUGUUUGGACGUCAUUAUUUACAGCCUGGAGUUUAGAUACCAGAGCCCCCCCCCCCGACCUGAGCUGUAUUAGGCAUCGUACCGACACACAGUAUGGCCUCAUGUAGAUACCUCCUCCAUACAAUCGCCAAGAUAAGGUUUGAUAUCGGAAGCGUUUUCAUGCUGCACACAAUCUGUCAUCUGCACGUCAACCCAGAAUGUGAUGAAGAAAGGAAAAAUGAAGGAUGUGAGCUGCUUGUCUGAUCAAAUUGAUGAAUGGUUUCAUAUUAAAUGGCCAACAAUAA